AUUUAAUAAGCCAAGCCAACUAACCACAAUAAAUUCCUCUUUCUUCCUCUGCCAUCAGAUAAAGGGGAAUCCUUAAUUCUGGUGAGUUUGGCUCCCAAACAUCAUCAACUCUUGUUUUCGAUUACCUUUCUUCAAAGGAGAAGUGAUGGGGUUUUUUAAGAUCCAUAUCCAGAGAGGAGUCAACCUCGCUGUUAGAGAUAUCGUCACCAGCGACCCUUAUGUUGUUCUCAAGUUGGGCAAGCAGAAGCUAAAGACUCGAGUAAUAAAGGGGAAUGUGAAUCCUGAGUGGAAUGAGGGUUUCAACAUCUCUGCCUCCGAUCCAAAUGUUCCCAUCAGGCUUUGUGUGUAUGACAAAGACACGUUCAGUUUCGAUGACAAGAUGGGAGAAGUAGAUAUCGACGUUGGCCCCUUUCUUAAAGCCUUAAAGAUGCAGUUGCAGGGUGUCCCAGAUGGAAUCACAGUUGCAAAAGUACAACCAAGCAAGCAAAAUUGUCUUACUGAAGAGAGCUUCAUUGUCUGGUCAGGUGGCAAGCUUGUGCAGAACAUGAUUCUCCGAUUGAGAAACGUCGAAUGUGGGGAAGUAGAACUCCAGUUGCGGUCAGACUGAUGAUCCAACACUCAAGGGCUGGCAGAUUUUGAAGCCUUCAUGCAUUGCUAUCUCCAUUCAAAACGUACACACACGAAAUAUGUAUUAAUAGUUUUAUUCAUAUAGUUCUUUUGUACACAUAGGACUCAGAACUGAAACUGUGAGGAUUAAGCUACUUCCAUAUGCAAGUGUUGUCUAUAGUUGUGUGGGAUCUCAGAAACCGGAAUUGAAAACUUCAAUUUUUUCGUA